GAAAACGCGGCCGGGGCACAAUGGAGCUGGUCACAAAUUGCUACGACACGCCUUUGGUAGGCUAGAGUUUCAUCUUUGCAGAUUCCGUUUGGGAAGCAAAGAUUGAAAUAAUUUACAUCUUUGGUAAACGGAAAAAAAGAUACUUGGAAAAUGAAUUUAUUUUUAUGUAUGACAUUUUGCUGUUGUUUAACGUAUCAAUGUUGUAGCACAGACAGUUAUGGAAAGUGAAAUUGUGGCGAACCUUCGUUAUGUAGUUCUGUUUAGAAUGGAGGAUCUUACGAAGUUACACAAGAUUUUUAUUGUGUUACGACGAGAACAGCUGUCAUUUUUGUAAUGACGGUUGUGGGCAGGAGCAGUUAUUUUGUUUCAAGAACGGACAGUUAUUUUCGAGACGUUAGUUUAUUUUCCAGGUGCCAGUGGUUUGUGACUUACUGUGAUCGGUGUCAAGUAUGCAGUUCUUAAAAUAAGGUGUGAUGUUUUUUAGUGAAGUGUUUAUUGUAGAAUGAAUGUUAUUGAGGUUAUGACGCUGAGAAGGCGCACGAAAUCAGUAAAACGAAAGAACAGCGAAAGACAGCAGUGCAUCUCUUGGAUAACACCCUGCAACCAGAGACAAGUGGUGUAAGAAAAGGCACUUUAUUUAUUAAAGGAACGACAGCUGUUUAAGCACUACAAUGGACUGUAUACAAGAUGAAGAUCGCAAACGACGACUGCGUCAGUUGGAAGAGGAGAUUCAAGAUCCUCGUAGUGUUGCAAAUGUUGACUGCUUGUUGGAUACAGUUCAGGCCUUAGUUUCGGACUGUGAUCACCCAGCUGUCAAACGAAUGAAAAAUAUAGAAGCAUAUAUGAAUAGAUAUGAUUCUGUGGCAGCCACUAUUUGUAGGUUACGUAUGAAGACAGAUGACUUUUCUCUUAUUAAAGUCAUUGGUAGAGGAGCCUUUGGUGAAGUCCAGUUGGUACGGCAUAGAUCUACUCAAAAAGUGUAUGCAAUGAAGCUAUUAAGCAAAUUUGAAAUGAUUAAACGGUCAGACUCGGCAUUCUUCUGGGAAGAACGCGAUAUAAUGGCCCAUGCUAACUCCGAAUGGAUAGUGCAGCUGCAUUUUGCAUUUCAAGAUGCUAAAUAUCUGUACAUGGUUAUGGAUUACAUGCCUGGUGGUGAUCUUGUUAACCUUAUGUCCAACUAUGAUGUGCCUGAAAAAUGGGCAAAAUUUUAUUGUGCUGAAGUUGUUUUAGCUUUAGAUGCCAUUCACUCAAUGGGUUUUGUUCAUAGAGAUGUGAAACCAGAUAAUAUGCUCCUGGACAAGCAUGGUCACCUCAAGUUAGCAGAUUUUGGUACUUGCAUGAGGAUGGAUGAUGAUGGUCUAGUGCGGUCAGAUACAGCAGUAGGUACUCCUGAUUACAUAUCACCAGAGGUGCUACAGUCCCAAGGUGGAGAAGGUGUAUAUGGUCGUGAGUGUGAUUGGUGGAGUGUGGGUGUCUUCCUUUAUGAAAUGUUAGUUGGAGACACUCCAUUUUAUGCUGAUAGCCUUGUUGGUACAUACAGCAAGAUCAUGGAUCAUCGCAAUUCACUUCAUUUUCCAACAGAUGUAGAAAUUAGUCAAGAUGCUAAAGCCUUAAUUUGUGGCUUUCUCACAGACAGAACAAGGCGCCUAGGAAGAAAUGGAGUUGAAGAAAUAAAAUCUCAUCCAUUCUUCCAGAAUGACCAGUGGACAUUUGAUAAUUUACGAGACUGUGUUCCACCAGUUGUUCCAGAACUAAUGGGUGAUGAUGAUACAAGUAAUUUUGAUGAUGUAGAUAAAGAUGAAAGUCCAGAAGAAAAUUUCGCUACGCCAAAAACUUUUGCAGGAAACCAUUUGCCGUUUGUGGGUUUCACAUACUCAAGGGAUUAUCAGUUACUGUCUGGCAACAGAAGGCUAAUUCAGGAUGUGCUUCUUAAUACUUCGUUUCAAGGAGUUGUAAGGAGAACCUGUAGUUUAGUGACUUGUUACAUUACAACAGUUCAUUAUGGAUUGAAUAUAGAAAUGGGCUAUUUUUGUGAUCUUUUCCUGAUGGCUGAACACCUUAAAGCGGGCUCAUCCAAGAAUUUCACAACUUCGUGGGUGCAAGGCAGUGUAAUUCAGCAUCCCAGUCUUAGAAAACAAUAUCCAAAACAAAAGUCUGAGAAUAACUUAGUAGUUUUCCGACCCACAGAAAUGAUUUCGUCUAAGUUUGGUACAAUAUUCCGGGAGACUGCUAACAUCAAAGCAUUAGUCAAAUUUUUAUCGCUAAUUAGUGAACGUUUCUUAGUUUUAGCAAGCUUUAAAAGGGAGAAAAAGCACUCACAAAUAUGCGUGGAACCAAACAUUGACAGAACUUUGGCUGCAUGCUUGUGCAAAAGAGGAUCUGCUGGACAAAUAAAAGCUGCCAAGUUGGCCAGGCAAUCGUUGAUGAGCAUUUGUAACUUGCGCACAUACUUUGUGCAACUGUUUCUUGCUCCUACCAUAGGAAAAAAAAGAGAAGAGAAACACCUUACAAUUAAUUUUGCACAUGGUCUGUCUUCUGUACGAAACGCGUGUACAGUGGCUUGGCGAGGUGCGGCAGGCACACCGCGUGGAAUGUCCAUUGCAGUUUUCAAUAUCUGUAUGGACAUGGUCAUAAAAAAAAACAAGAGCAGUACAUAUAGUGAUCCUGAUACAGCUAUAUGUGGUUUUUUACAGUUUCCACAAAUAAAAGUAAAGGAAAUAGUCCUAAUAUACAUCUUAGUGUAUCACACCUUAACUGUUCAUGUACAUACUUCUUCAAUGAGAUUCCAUCAUCCUGCAGUUCUUUUCUCGUUCAGGAACAGUGCAUGUAAGCAUAUUAAGGUCAAUAGAAUCGAAUUCCAAAUCCUAGACUUGUCAAUAUUUCACUGUUCAGAUAAGAAAGGGUACCAAAUCUUGCGUUCCUUUCGAAAUUCUCGCUUCGCGCCCUGCUGUUUUCUUGCCCUAGCCAGAGGGAGUUGUGGAGUUGCUGCGGCUGGCUGCCUGCCAUGUUUUCAGGAGAGUGCCGGGGGAGGAGGAACUCUGACUGUGGACGUCUGGAAUCUGUGUUGUCAAAUACUGAAUCCAAGUAGUUACUUUCAGUUAAUUAGCUGGAUUCUUUCUUUCCUCAUCACGACACAUGUUAAAUGGUACAGUGGAAUUGUGGACCUUAACUUGCUACCUCAUUUGUGUGGCAUCAGCUAUAUUGGGGCUGUGGCAUUUGUACUACAAGCAGCAAAUCAUCCUGUUGUUUCAUGGUUGCUUUGUUCUCAAACUAGCAUUGUACUUGGGUUUCAGCUGACUGUUCAGUCUAUUGACUGUCCAUUGUAUGUCACAUCGGUAAUGGUCAAUCUGUCAUCAGUUGGUUUCAAUGCAGUAGUUAGUUGUAAAUUAGUACUUGUUCCAUUACCUUCUGACCAGGGUUCUUGCUCAACGCUUGUCAUUAAAUACACCGCUAACCUGCCCAACACAAUUUGUCGGCUGUCAGAAGCCGUAUAUGUGUUAUUUAUUCCUUUAUUCUACCCAAUUUAUAAGCAUGCUAUUCUUAAUUUUGUUACUCUAGGCAGACAUGUUACAAUAAAUGCAAAUUUCAGUGAUGCGAAGCGCUAUUUCAUUUGUUCCUGUGAUUUAGUAUCUCCACAUAUAAUAUUUAAUUGGAGAGUACUGAUUUCCAAAUUUGAUUCAUUUAGGCAUCACUCAACUGAAUGGGAAAAUGAUAUAGUUGGGAUAUUAGUGGUCGACUGUAAGUCUCUUCUUGAUGGCAACUACAUUUCCAUAGUUUGGCAGCCAUGUCAUUCUGCCAAUAUGUAUGGAGGUAUUUCACCCAACAUCAACAAUCUUUUGACACUAUACAUUGCUACAGUUGCAAAGAGAGAAUCCACUACAAAAUAUUCACUCACACAAACACAACUUGCACACACGUCUAGUGAAGCUGAAACAGCAAAGACAAUAUUGGAAUCUGCUGAACAAGUUACUCAGUUGGAGGCAGAACUAGAAAACCAGCGUUCUCUUGUGAAGUGUCUUGAAGCUAAACACGCAUCUGUGUACAUACAACUGGAAGAAGUGAAUCAGAGGAAAGCAGAAAUAGAAGAGAUGAAUGAUCAGUUGGAGAAGAGGAUAACCCUCCAUAAACAGGAAAUCAAAGAGUUGCUGCGGAAAGCUGAGGCAGAAGCUGAUAUCCGGAGAAAGACUGAAGUGGUUCUCCAGGAAAUGAAACGAAAAUUGGAAGAUGAGCAGAAUAAACGAACAAGAGAAAUGAACAAUAAUCAACAAACUAAUGACAAGAUAAAUGUCUUAGAAAAACAGUUGACAGACAUGCAGGAAAGCAAUACUCGUCUCCGGAAGCAGGUUGCAGAGUUGACAUUAGCAAAAUCUACUGCAGAACAGGUGCAAGGUGAAUUGCAGAGCAAGUUAACAUCUCUACAGUUGCAAAGAGAGAAUCUACAGCAAGAGGUCGCAACUCUUGAAGGACAGCUAUCACAGGAAAGAAGUUCUCGUUGCCAGGCUUCUGACUUGCAGCAGGAAUUGGAAGGUCGUCUGCAGUCAAUGCAUGGUGAACUUGAACGAGCUCAGCAGAGAGAGAAUAAACUCACAGAUGACAAUCGUCAAAUGGUUGAAAAAAUCUCAAGCCUGGAGAAGGAAUGUGCAUCCUUGGAAUUAGAACUUAAAGCAGCUCAGAACAGGUAUCAACAAGAAGUUAGAGCACAUGAAGAAACAGAGCGAAGUCGUCUUCUGAGCAAAGAGGAAGCAAACAUAGAAGUCGUCAAAGCUUUACAGGCAAAACUGAAUGAAGAAAAAAGUGCUCGGCAGAAGGCAGAUUUACAGUGGCAGGAGAAGGAACGCCAGAUGUCUAUGCUUUCUGUUGACUACAGACAGAUCCAGCAGAGGUUACAGAAAUUGGAGGGAGAAUAUCGGCAGGAAGUUGAAAAGGUGAAAGCCCUGCAUGGACAGAUAGAACAGGAGCAGCAGAAGAAGAAUGUCUUGCAGACAGAACUUGGAGUGCAGGCAUCAGAAGUCGCUCACUUACGUGCAAGGGAAGCUCAGCUUAUUCGUGAAGUAACACAGUUAAGAGAGGGCAAAAAAUCUAUUGAAGAAGAGCUGCACAAAGUUAAAGCUGCUCGAUCUGUGGACGAUUUGCAGAUGAAGGAGUUGCAAGACCAACUUGAAGCAGAACAAUACUUCUCGACAUUAUACAAGACACAGGCACAGGAACUAAGGGAGGAGGUGGAUGAAAAACAGAGGUCAAUACAAGAGCUUGAGGAGGAGAGAGACUCAUUUUCUAGGCAGUUGCAAUUGGCUCUUGCUCGAGCAGACAGUGAAGCACUUGCUCGGUCGAUUGCUGAGGAGACAGUUGCUGAUCUAGAGAAAGAGAAGACUGUCAAAGAAUUGGAGCAUAAAGAUCUGAUGUCAAAGCACCGAGCUGAACUUGCUAAUAAGGAAAUAGCCCUAAAUACGGCGAAGGAGAGGGAAAUGGACUAUAAGAAGACUGUUGACCAGUUAGUGAAAGAAAAAGAUGAAUUAAAUCAUCAGCUGAAGAUUAUGCAACAAGUUACAAAUGAGGCCAAUAAUAACAGUGAAGAACUGGAAAGGCUACACCGACAACUAAAAACAGAACAGCUACUGAAAAUGCAAGCUGUGAACAAAUUAGCAGAAAUAAUGAAUCGUAAAGAUAUGAGCAAUGCAGGUCGUGGUAAGAACAAAGUUUCUUCAGCAGAUCUCAGGAAGCGAGAGAAAGAAUGUCGGAAACUUCAACAGGAGCUAACACAGGAACGAGAUAAAUACAGCCAGAUGGUGGCAAAAUGGCAAAAGGAUAUGCAGGAGUUACAAGCUCAACUUCAGGAAGAAAAUACAUUGAAAAUCCGUCUGCAAAUGGAGCUUGAUUCCAAAGACUCUGAGAUAGAGCAGCUACAUGUUAAGCUAGCAUCUCUUAGCAGUGAAACUGCAUCAUUAAGUAGUGCUGACAAUGAUGAUGACUUAAUAGGCCAAGAGUCAAGGUUAGAAGGCUGGUUGUCUGUUCCUAACAAACAGAAUAUAAGGCGACAUGGUUGGAAGAAACAGUAUGUUGUAGUGUCCUCAAAGAAAAUAAUAUUUUAUAAUUCGGAAAGUGAUAAGCAGAACACGGAUCCUGCACUUGUUCUUGAUCUUAAAAAAGUUUUCCACGUUCGUCCAGUAACACAGGGCGAUGUAAUUAGAGCAGAUGCCAAAGAUAUUCCACGAAUUUUUCAGCUACUUUACGCUGGGGAAGGGGAAGCUAGAAGACCAGAUGAGAGUGGUACGAAUCAGUUGGAGCUCUCUACAUUGAGGGAUGAUAAGCCGGGGACCUAUUCUCUCAAAGGUCAUGAGUUUAUCCAGAUCUCGUUCCACAUGCCAACAAAUUGCGAAGUCUGUCAGAAGCCACUGUGGCACAUGUUUCGACCACCAGCUGCCUUGGAAUGCAGACGCUGUCACAUUAAGGUUCACAAAGAGCAUCUCGAGAAAAAGGAGGAUGCCAUUGCACCGUGUAAACUACAUUAUGAUCCAAAUUCUGCCAAAGAACUGUUAAUACUGGCUUCCAAUGUGGAAGACCAGAAACUUUGGAUUCAACGACUUGGGAAGAAAAUACAAAAAUGUGGAUACAAGGCCAAUAGUGGAAUUGAUGGAGCCAAAAUUUCACCAAGAGAAUCUACACGUUCAUCACUUAAGCCAUAUAUACACCAACAGCAACGCUCUGCAACACUACCUGCAAAUGCAUCUGCUGUCGGAAAAUAAGUGUGAGCUGCUUUCAGAGGUGCAAGUGGCUGUUGAGACUGUGAUUGCUAGGAGGCUAUAAGUGCUGUGUAAAGAAAUAAUUUAUUUUUUAACAGUGGCCUAACCAAAGUUUUAUCUCUGAAUAUAGUUGUAACAUAUUACUAGUAGUAAAAAAUAGCUUUAUAUUUUCUCUUUGAUUGAGCUUCACAAGUACAGCAAUUUUUAUUUGAAAGGGUUUUGUGAGGCUGUGGACAUUAUCAUUCUUAAGCAAAGAAACUGAAGCAGCAGAAGUGACCCAAUGUUUGUGAGGAAGGGGGAGAGGUUUUCUGUUGGCAGCUCAUGUUAGGUUGUAAAACAUUUGAAAUACUUGUUUUAUGAGUUUCCAAUUUUGGUGUGGUUAUGAUUUAGGAAAAAAAGGCUCUUAAUCAGCAUCUUGCCUGUCAGUUUCACAUCAUAGCCACUUCUGACCUGAUUUAGUAAGUGUACAAAUGUAAUUUUUAGUUAUACUUGUCAUGUUAGUUACAGUAAUACAACAGAAAAUGUGAGAACAGAUGUAACUCUCACAAAGAUUACAUUCAUGACUGAAUAUUGAAGCCAAAGUUUUGAUAAACAUUUUUGCAAGGUUUAGACACACAUAUUUACAUCACAUAAUGCUGUGACUCAGAAAUAUUGAAGUUUGCUCAUAAUCAUUUUUCUGACGUUUACAUUCCUUUUCUUUCCACUAGAAUGAUUCGUUGAUUUGUACUUCCAAAGAAAAGGACAAGAUUUCCCUUGCUCAUUUCACAUUGCAUCUGUGCCAAUUAAUUUAACUGUUAAAAAAGUUUACAAAUUAUGUACCAUUAUAUGUGAAUGCCAAGUUUCAAUGAAACUUGUUAUUUUAUUUAUAUGUAUACAUAAAUAUGUGUAAGGCAGACUUCUGCAGUUAUGUACAUGUUUGUUGCUGUGUUCCAUUUUCACAUUGUUGAUUACAUGUGGAGAAUAUAUAUGGACUGUGCCUUUAUAUCAUGCAAAAGAAUAAACUUGUGGUACUAUUUAGAGUUCUAAGUUAAAGUAUUUAUGUUUUUCAUUUUUUAAAAGGAAUAACUUAUGUUAAGUUAUGCCAAAAUUGUGGAAUUACCAACUACAAUUUUAUUUAAUAUGUACCAUAAAACUACUCUUUUGUAUAUAUGACCAUAGUGCUAUUUGUAUAUGAAAAAUUAUGUAAGCAAUAAAUUUGGCCAAAAGUGGACAUAUUUUUAAAAAUGA